AUGUUGUUGCUACAACUAGUAAUUACAUUAUUGACCUCUGUUAAAGCUGUGCUUGCAGACGAAAUAUCGGGUGUUUUUACCAGUUUUGAUUCAUUAACGUUUUCCCAUCCUAGACUUACUUAUACUCCACCAAAUUUCCCAACAUGGACAGCUGUUUUUGGUUGGGAUCUUGAAGGUAGCACUGCUCGUCCAGGAGAUGUGUUCACCUUGGUUAUGCCAUGUGUUUUCAAAUUCCUUACCAGUACUCCAUAUGUUGAGUUGACGGCAGAUGGUGUCACUUAUGCAACUUGUAGAUUAAAUUCUGGAGAAGAAUUUGUUCUGUUUUCAAGUAUGGAAUGUACUGUUUCUGAAAACUUGACUCCUUCAUCAAUUGUCUACGGACAAGUUUCUGUUCCACUUACUUUUAAUGCUGGUGGAUCUGGUUCAGAAACAGAUAUUGAAGCUUCUACAUGUUUUGUUGUUGGAGAAAACACUGUGACCUUUACCGAUGGUGAUAAUAGUCUUUCUAUCCAAGUUAAUUUUGAAGCAAAUCCUGCAGAUCCAUCUGGAUUACUUAGUUCUCAAAGAGUUAUUCAAUCACUUGCUAAAUCAUUAGCUUUGGUAAUAAUUCCAGACUGUCCCAACGGAUAUGCUUCCGGUACUCUUGGUAUUUCUUCUACUGCGGAUGGAUACCAAUUAGAUUGUAAUUCUAUUGAAGCUGGCUUAACUAGUGGAUUAAAUGCUUGGAACAAUCCUAUUGAUAACAUUGACUUCCCACAUACUUCACAAUGUACUACGAAAGGUUUUAGUAUAUCAUUUCUGAACAUACCAGCAGGGUAUAGACCAUUUAUUAAUGCGCUUGCAACAGUUCCAAGUACUGAACAAUAUAGGGUUGCUUAUGAGGUUAAAUAUACUUGUGUUGGUGGAUCAUAUCGUGACGAUUCGAUGACAAGAUUAUGGAAUCCAUACCAAAGAAGUGAAGCUGAUCUGUAUGGGCAACCAAUUGAAAUCAUCACUAGAACAGUUACAGAAGCAACUACCUACGUUACAACUUUACCAUUUGAUUCAGCUACCCAAAGAACAAGAACCAUUGAAAUUGUUAAACAAAUGCCUUUAACAACAAUAACAGGCUCAUAUGUGGGUGUGACAACAAGAAGUACAACACUUCCUUUUGUACUUGGAGAAACUGCUACUGUAUUGGUGGAAUCGCCAUACCAUAUUACUACAACAGUCACAACUUUUUGGGAUGAAGAAUACACUUCUACUUUGACAGUUAUUGAUCCAUCAGAAUCUAUUGAUACUGUCGUUGUAAAUCAUCCAGCUAAUCCAACUACCACACUUACUAGUCUUUGGGUUGAAACUUAUACUACAACUUUGACAGAAACCCAUGGAGUAGGUGAAGCCGAUUUUGUCAUUGUUAUGUAUCCACCAAAUCCAACGUUAACAACCUAUGAAUUUUGGACAGGAUCAGACACUCAAGAGCUCAUUUAUACGGAUAUUGCUGGUGGUACUGAUACAAUGGUUAUUAACGUACCUUCAAAUCCAACAGAAACUAUCACUGAAUUUUGGACUGGCAUAAUUACUUCUGUGGUCACUAAUACGAAUGGUCCUCAGCAAACAGAUACAAUUGUUAUAUUUGUUCCACCUAAUCCUACAAUUACAACUACUGAAUUCUCGUUGGAAGAUUUUCAUUCUACUGAAACUCAAGAGCUUGGGCCAAAUGAAACUGAUACUGUUGUAGUUUACGUUCCUCCAAAUCCAACUGUUACUACCACUGAAUUCUGGCCAGAUAGUGUCACCACAUCCGUCACGGAAACCAAUGGUCCUGAUAAUACCGACACGGUUGUUGUUUAUGUUCCCCACAAUCCAACUACUACCAGAACUGAAUUCUGGACAGAGGAUUAUGCAACUAGGGUUACUGAGACACAUGGUCCAGACCAAACUGAUGUUGUUGUUGCUUACUACCCGUUCAAUGAAGUGAUGACACGAACUGAGUUUUGGACUGAGGACUAUACCAGUACUAUCAUCGAGAAUAAUAACCCUGAAGAAACUGACCAUGUCAUUGUGUAUGUUCCACCAAAUCCAACUGUUACAACCACUGAAUUUUGGGCUGGGUCAUUUACCACUACUGCUACCGAAACCAAUGGUCCCGUUGACACCGAUACUGUUGUGGUCUACUUGCCACCAAAUCCAACUACCACUAUUACAGAGUUUUGGGCCGAAGACCAUGCUACCACUAGUAUAUUUGCUAACGGCCCUGCUGAUACAGACACGGUAAUUGCUUACUUCCCAUUUAACCCAACUGCAACUUAUACUGAAUUCUGGACUGAGGAUUUUGCUUCUACUGUCACACAAUCGGCCGAACCAGAAGGCACAGAUACUGUUAUUGUGUAUGCUCCUGCGAAUCCAACCGUGACCACGACCGAGUUUGGCAAUGCCGAUGGAGAUGUUGAUGUAACCAGUACUGUCACUUUUACCAAUGCUCCUUAUGGCACUGAUACUGUUGUUGUUUACUACCCACCAAACCCAACUGUCACUGCCACCGAAUUUUGGUUGCUGGAUUAUUACAGUACAGUCACGGAAACGAAUGGUCCUGAUAGUACAGAUUCUGUACUUGUUUACGCACCGCCAAACCCCACCUUUACAACAACCGAGUUCUGGGUUGAAACCUACACCACUUCUGCUGUUGAAACCAAUGGACCUGCUGAUACCGAUACGGUGGUCAUAUAUGUACCAUCCAAUCCAACAUCAACCAGAACUGAAUUCUGGACCGAGGACUAUGCUACCAGGGUAACUCAUACUUAUGGGCCAGACACGACCGACGAGGUUGUUGCCUACUAUCCAUUUAACCAGGUCAUUACUAGAACCGAGUUCUGGACUGAGGAUUUUACUAGCACGAUCACUGAGACCAAUGGGCCUGAGGAAACCGAUAAUGUCGUUAUCUACGUUCCACCAAAUCCUACGGUCACCACCACUCAGUUCUGGAUUGAAUCCUACACUACUGAAGCGACCGAGAGAAAUGAUCCAGAUGGUACUGAUACUGUGAUUGUGUUUGUUCCUCCAAAUCCAACUGUUACUACUUCAUCAUUCUGGAGUGAGGAUUAUGCAAGUGUGGUUACAUACACUAAUGAUGUUCUUGGUACAGAUUCUGUGGUGGCUUAUUUUCCUGUGAAUCCUACUUUCUUGUUGAACCAGUUCUGGACGGAAGAUUACAUCAGUACGGAAACACAAACUAAUGAUCCUGAGGGUACUGACUACCUUGUUGUUUACUACCCACCUAAUCCAACUACCACCACAAGUGAAUUCUGGACUGGCGACUAUGUCAACACUGUGACUGUACAGAAUGACCCACAAGAAACCGACACGGUGAUUGUUCAGUAUCCUGCUAACCCAACUGAGACCACUACUGAGUUUUGGGGUGAAGAUUACAGAACCACACUGACUCAGAUGAAUGAUCCUUCGGGUACAGAUAAUGUCGUCGUCUAUGCUCCUGCCAAUCCAACUGUUACUAUCACUGAAUUCUGGCCAGAUAGUGUCACCACAUCCGUCACGGAAACCAAUGGUCCUGAUAAUACCGACACGGUUGUUGUUUAUGUUCCCCACAAUCCAACUACUACCAGAACUGAAUUCUGGACAGAGGAUUAUGCAACUAGGGUUACUGAGACACAUGGUCCAGACCAAACUGAUGUUGUUGUUGCUUACUACCCGUUCAAUGAAGUGAUGACACGAACUGAGUUUUGGACUGAGGACUAUACCAGUACUAUCAUCGAGAAUAAUAACCCUGAAGAAACUGACCAUGUCAUUGUGUAUGUUCCACCAAAUCCAACUGUUACAACCACUGAAUUUUGGGCUGGGUCAUUUACCACUACUGCUACCGAAACCAAUGGUCCCGUUGACACCGAUACUGUUGUGGUCUAUUUCCCACAGAAUCCAACAACAUCUGCUACUGAAUUUUGGCUGAGUAAUCAUAGAGCAUCAUCAACAUAUACUGAUACUUUUGGAGGUAUUAAUACUGUCAUGGUUUAUGUUCCACCAAAUCCAACUACCACUUAUACAAGUUUCUGGUCUGAAGAAUUCUGGUCUACAACUACUAUUUCUUCUGUUCCUGAUAGUACUGAUCUGAUUGUUGUUCUAGCUCCUGUCAACCCAACUAUUACUGUCAUUGAAUUUUGGAAUGAAGGUCUUGCUACGUCAGUGACUCAUACAAAUGAGCCAGGUGGUACUGAUUCUGUUGUUGUAUUUGCGCCAGCAAAUCCUACAUUGACUUCUACUGAAUUUUGGAUUGCUCCUGAUACUGAUACGGUUACUGUUCUGAAUUCUCCAUUUGAAACGGACUAUAUUAUAGUGUAUGCGCCAGAAAACCCAACCGUUACUGCAUCAGAGCGUUGGGCAGAAACAUUUGGUACAACGAUCACACAUUCAAAUGGUCCAUUGGAUACUGAUACAGUGAUGGUUUAUAUUCCUCCUAAUCCAACUUUGUAUUUUACGGAAUUUUGGGAUCAGCCGACUGAAGGAACAAUCACUUACUCCAACGAUCCUUAUGAGACAGAUUCCGUGGUUGUUUAUGCUCCAUAUAAUGAAGUUACAUAUAAGACAAUAUUUUGGACAGAAGAUCAUACUGGUACUACUUAUUAUUCGGAUGAACCAUUUGGAACUGAUACCAUAGUUGUAUAUGCACCACCAAAUCCAACUGUAACUAGAACACAGUUUUGGGUAGAAAACUAUGCAACUACAGCAACUGAAUUUAACGCACCAUUUGAAGAUGAUUAUGUGGUUGCUUACUUCCCUGCAAAUCCUACAACUACAACUACUGCUAUCUGGCAGGGAGAUUUUAUUACGACAGUUACACAUACAAAUGAGCCUGGUACAUCAGAUUCAGUUGUCAUUUAUCAUCCACCUAACCCAACUGUUACAACAACCGAUUUCUGGAUUGAAUCCUACACAACUGAGGUUAUUCAAACAAAUGAUGCUGGUGGUACAGACACUGUUAUUGUGUAUUAUCCGCGUAAUCCAACAUCAACCACUACUAUUUUUUGGGGUGAAGAAUAUGCGACUAGAAUUACAGAAACUAAUAAACCAGGAGAGACCGACUAUGUAAUUCAGCAUUAUCCUUUCAAUGCCGCCAUUACUAGAACUGAAUUCUGGACAGAAGAAUAUACAACAACAUCAACCAUAAGUAAUGAUCCUGAAGAAACUGAUGAUGUUAUUAUCUAUGUCCCAGCUAAUCCAACUGUUACAAUUACUAGCUUUUGGAUUGAAUCAUUUGCUACUACUAUUAUUGAAAGCCAUGGUCCAGAGGAAACAGAUGUCAUUGUGGUUUAUAUCCCUCCAAAUCCAACGGUUACAACAACUGUAUUCUGGGAUGAAGCAUACGAAAGCCUGUCCACGUAUAUCAAUCUGCAAGAGGGUGUUGAUACUGUUUAUGUAUAUCUUCAAAAUAACCCAACACAGACUAUUUUAGAAUUCUGGACAGGGACUUAUACAGCCACGAGUACACAAACUAAUGGGCCACAUGGAACAGAUAAUGUUGUUAUACUUUGUCCACCUAAUCCAACUGUAAUCAUUAUAGAGGACUGGCUUGAAGAUUUUGUAAGUGGUACAACUCAUUUUGCAGAUCCCGGUCAAACAGAUACAGUUAUCGUCUAUAAACCUCCUGUUUCGGUAUACUCUACCACUGAGUUCUGGCUGGAGGAUUACACCUCAACUAUUUCAAGAACGAGAACUUUAAGUGACGUACCUGGUUAUAUUGUUGAUGAAGUUGUUUAUGUGAAUCCAAACCCUACCAUUACCGAAAACGAAUUCUGGUUGGAUAGUUCUGUUGCUACUAUUACACAUACAAAUGGUCCUAAUGGAAUAGAUACUGUUGUUGUCUAUUAUCCUUACAAUCCAACUACUACAACUACCGAAUACUGGAUUGGUACAUUCACUACUACGGUCACAGAAACAUAUGGUCCUAAUGAGACAGAUGUGGAGAUUAUUUACGUUCCAGAAAUUACAAUAUCAUCACCAUCAUCAUCGUCAUCAUUGUCGUCAAAUGACAACUGUUUAGACAGUGAUAAUUCUGGUGAACUGGGUUGUUAUCAUCCAUCUAAUGAAAUUUCUACUAGAACUGUUUUUUGGACUGAAGAAUUUACUAGUACCAUAACUCAGGGUGAAAAUAUCAUGGUGUAUGUUCCUCCAAAUCCAACAACAACAACGACGGAGUUUUGGAUUGAAAGUUUUACUACCGUUGUUACUGCAACUAAUUCACCUGGUGGUGUUGACCAAGAAGUAGUUUAUUUUCCACAUAACCCUACAAUUACAACAUCGGAACAGUGGUCAGAAGCGUACUGGAGUACUACUACAAGAACCUUCCCACCUGGUAAUACAGAUUAUGUUGCUGAGCUUGGUCCUGGCAACGAGAGAGUUACAGUCACUGAGUUUUGGGUUGAGGAUUUCACAACUACUGUGGUGCAUACUGAUCAACCACGUGGUACAGAUCUGGUUUAUGUAUAUGUUCCUCCAAAUCCUACUGUUACUACUACUGAAUUUUGGUUUGAAGAUUAUGACACUACUGUUACUCAUUCACAUGAUGCUGGUGCUACUGAUACUGUCAUUGUUUAUGCUGCUCCGAUUCCAACUGUUACCAGUACUGUGUUUUGGUCAGAGACUUAUUACAGUACCUCCACUUCUACAAGUACCAUUCAAGAUAACGAGGAAAUAAUACUAUAUGCUGUUUUAUAUGCCCCUGCAAAUCCAACUGUGUCAACUACAGAAUUUUGGGUUGAACCUCAUACAACAUCAGCUGUUGAAACGCAACCACCUGGUGGCACAGAUACAGUUGUCAUUUACCUCCCAUAUAAUCCUGUUGUUACUACUACCCUGUUCUGGACUGAAACAUAUGCUACAAGAGUUACUGAAUCAAAUGAGCGAGGCAGUACUGAUGUUGUUAUUCAAUACUAUCCUAGGGGGCAAGUUGUUACCAGAACCGAAUUCUGGACAGAAGAUCAUAGAACUACAGUAACAGAAGCCGAUCCUUCAGAUGAUUCUGCGAACAUUGUUGUUAUUUAUGUUCCACCUAAUCCAACAAUUUCUACUACAAAGUUUUGGAUUGAAUCAUUCAGUUCGGUGUUCACUGAAACCAACGGGCCAGAUGGUACUGAUACUGUUGUUGAAUAUGUACCUGCAAAUCCUACAAUAACUGAAUAUGAAACUUGGUUGGAAGAUAUUGCCACCACUGUUAUAGAAAGUAAUAAUCCAGGUGCUACUGAUAGAGUUGUUGUGUAUAUGCCACCGAAUCCUACCAUCACGACAACGGAAUUUUGGGGUCAAGUAUAUUUCACCACAGAAACUUACAAGAAUAGUGCAAAUAGUGUUGAUACUGUUGUGAUUUAUGCUCCUGUCAAUCCAACAGUUACGUUGACAGAGUUUUGGGUUGAAGAUUUUACAACUUCGAUCACGUAUACAAAUCAACCAGCGCAUAGUGAUACUGUUAUAAUCUACGUUCCCCCAAACCCAACUGUUACAGUCACUGAAGAAUGGGUUGGGACUUACGGUAGUGUCGUUACGCAACUGGAAUUACCUGGAGGAACGGAUACAGUAAUUGAAUUUGUACCAGAAAGUCCAGUUAGCUUUGAAUAUCCUUCUGAAAUUUGGUUUGCUUCUAGUGAAGAUAUAAGUAGUGCCUCGGAUGGUUUUGUUGUUUCUGGUAUUGAUGAAACUAGUGGUAGUGAAUCAAGUUUGCCAUCAGAACAGAUUGAUCCAUCAGGAGAGGGUUCUAUGUCUCAGAGUGUAACAACGAACUCUCAAUUUGAUAUUACUAUGAUUACCGAUGCAAGUGAAAGUACUGAAUAUGCACAGACAAUUGAUGACGAGUCAUUUGUUCUAUCAUUAAUAACAACAUUAGAUUCCGAGAGUCAUCUGGCGUUUGACACGAAUACAGAUGGAGUUGAUUCUACUGGAAGCAAUGGUCAAUGGUCAGAGCUGAUUUGGCGUGGUUAUAAUACUUCAUCUGUUUUGUCCCAAACAACCUCACUGGAAAUAUCAUCUGUUCCAAGCACUAAUGGUUUCCAAUCGACUCAAAAUCCUACUCCUGUUACAAUUAAACUGUCUUUGGAUGUUCCAUCUUCGCUGCUUUAUUCCGUUGAACAAUCUAUUGAAACGAAUUUUUCCGAUACUGGUGCCACUACAAUUCCUAAUCAAGUGGGAGAAUCAGUUACGGAACAACCAACUACUGACACAGCUGAAGCAGAGCUGUCAACGACAAGUCCAUACCAGGUAGAACAAUCAAUUAGUGAGAAAGAUCAAGUGCAACAAACAAGUACAACACCAGGUCAAGUAGAGCAAUCAACUAUCUAUUCAGCUGAAACUGGUCAAUCAACUAUAAUUACAAACCAAGUAGACCAAUCAACUACAAUUCCAGAUCAAAUAGAGCCAUCAACUACGGUUCCAGAUCAAGUGAUACAAUCAACUAAAGAUUCUUCUGAAGUUCCUGUUGUUCCUAGUUCUUUCAGUCCCUCGGUUAUAGAUGAUUCGAUGACGGUGAUAGAAAGUCCGCAAGGUUCUUCAUCGGUCCCUAUUUCCCAAGAUAUAGUGUAUCCAACAACUGUUAUCACAGGUGGCUCAAUCAUGACUGAUGGUGAUACACGGAUUCCUGAAACUGUUGAUGGAGAGUAUCUGUCUCUUAUAGGUGAACCAUCAGAUGGUUAUAGUCAAUUACAAAUUACCCCUGCUGGUUCCAGUCCUCCUCCAAUAACUCUUGGUAAUGGUGAUACGACUUUGGUAUCUCACUAUGUUCCUCAAGUCUCAACACCAGAUAUUGUGAUAACCUAUGAAGGAUCGGGUUCACAUACAAAAUUCUCCAAUUGGCUUAUUAUUUUGUGUUCGCUAAUUAUAUUGGUUUCUUAA